AUGCUAAUGAGAAUGACUUCUUGUUUUGACAACAAAUUUAAUACGAAAGAAAAAGAGUGGAUGGUUGACCAAGUUCGAGAAAGAUUGAAAAGAGAUGUCAAAUUUCAACACCUUCAAGCGUGCAUAACGACAAAGUUGGACAAGAAACAUAAAGUGAGUAAUCUUUCAUCAAAGUCGGAAGCAAACAGUUGCAAUAACGUAAAGGAAACCAGAUUUGAUAACAAUGACUUUAUAGAUACCAGUUCGGUUUCUGGUCAAAGUGCUUAUUUAAGCGUGGCGAAUUUUGAUGAAUUGAUACACAGCUUGCUCGAGACAGUUGAUGAAAAGCCAGAUAAAGAUGUUCCCACUUUGGAAUACAAACAUAUCUUAUUAAACUAA